AUGGCAGACAGCAAAAAUUUAUCAAUCUUUCUGAAUCACGGUGGGAGUUUUGUUAUGUUGGAUAAUGCGAUGGAGUAUUUUGGAGGAGACGUUCAUAUCAGGCAUGGUAUUGAUCUUGACAGGUUUGGGUACUUGGAUUUAGUAGAUGAAAUUGAAAAACUUGGUUACACUGAGGUUGGAAACUUGUAUUACAAGAUCCGUGCGGAAAUGGGAUUGAUUCAAAGGAAGCAAAAAAGUGUAGUGUCACAUGCCACUGAAGCUGAGAAUCCUCCACCAGCUCCCCAAUCUGGUAGGAAAAAACCAAGAAGGAACCCUGUGAGGAUGACUCAGACUGAACCAACUCUCCAAUCUGCAAAUGAUCAUGGAAUUGAAAAUUUUUUGAUUUUAUGGAAACGUUGUCCCGAUCUGACGUGUAAUAUAAUCCACAUCAGUUGCCACGUUGGAUUAAGUUGCCGGACAGGAUGGCAUCAAUCGGCCAGCGAGUUGAUCAAUGCUUGGUCUUGCAAAAAACUCAAAGGCAAUUCAACCUCACAAGCAAUUCCCGACGACAUGAAGAUCCAGGUGAAGGCGAAGAUGAUCGAGGUCGAGGGUCCCAGGAGUAAGCUCACGCGCAAUUUCAAGCACCUCAUCACCGAAGAGACCACAGGGAAGAAGAAGCUGAAGGUCGACGCCUGGUUCAGCAACCAAAAAACCACCACCGCUAUCCGUACGGCGCUUAGCCACAUCACCAACCUGAUCAACGGCGUCACGAAGGGCUACCGCUACAAGAUGCAUUUCUAUUAUGCUAGAGCUGAGUAUGUUAUUGGUUAUUGGAUAACAGUAGCCUACGGAUCUAAAAAUGUUAUAUCGGAUGAGAAAGGUGGAUAUGUGUGA